AAAUUUACGCACGGUGAAUUCAAGUAUAAAAUCAAACUUCAUAAUCCAAUUUGUGCUUUUUGAGAGUGGACAAAGCUUUCGCUGCCUCGCAGCAAUCGGAAUAUCAACAACAACAGAAUAAAACCGUAAGAAAAGGCACCGACAACGAAACAAGCAACUGUACAAAGAAGUAAUAAAGGUUAGCUUAUAGUUCAAAUAACUGUUAAUAAGCAAUUUUUCUUGUUAAACAACGAGCACAAUGGCAAGAGGACAACAGAAAUUACAGUCUCAAGCCAAAGCUGCCGAAAGGGCUGCUAAGGCAAAAAAGCAACAAGGUCACAGUUCUACUGACCAAAAAAAGGCUGCCCAAAAAGCACUUGUGCACGUUUGUGCAGUUUGCAAGGCUCAAAUGCCCGACCCAAAAACAUACAAGCAACAUUUUGAAAACAAACAUCCCAAGAAUGAAGUGCCUGUAGAGCUGAAAGACGUUUAAUGACAAAUAAAAAUUCAACAAUAAUGGCAAAACAAUACAGAAAUGUUAAUUUCACAAUUUAAUUAAAGUUAAUACCUUUAUACAAUUACUUUAUAUUUUUGUUUUAUCUACGAAAAAAAAAAUUAUGUUAUAAUUUGUGUACCAACGUUAUUUGAGGUAUUUGUGAUGUUUUUUUCUUACCUUUUAUAUGAAUAAAACUGUAUUAGUAAUUUUACUUUGAUUACCC